AUGUGUAAACCAAGAAAGGAUUCUAAACUCACGCUAGAAUAUCCUAAUGGAGAAAAGUGCGAAUUUGUUCAUGCAUAUGGCUUGACAAACGGUCACAAACUUUUAGAUCUGAUACCAAACAGAGAUUUGAUAUCACACAUUGAAGACAUUCGGAAUCUCGAGAUACGAGAUGAUGACAUAUAUCUUGCAUCUUUUCCAAAAUGUGGUACAUAUUGGGUUUGGGAAAUUUUGGUCAUGUUGAAAAGAGGAAAUGCAGAAUGAAAAAAAACCAAAGGGGCAGCUUUCUUGGACUUCCGGUCACCGGAAAUAGUAAGGCGCAUUUCAUCUCCGAGGGUCUUGAAUUGCCAUUACCCUUGCAAACUUACGCCGAAAGAAAUCUUUCAGAAAGGAACAAUGAUUGUUCAUGUUAUGAGAUCUCCAAAGGAUCUUUUCGUGUCAUUUUAUCAUCACCAUAAGACCAUUGCUUUAGGAUCAUUCUGUAACAGUUUUCAAGAUUUCCUGCCUCAUAUGCUUGGAGACUAUGGAGAAGUUUGCGAUUGGAAGAAUCACUUCACAGUUGCACAGAAUGAAAAGAUGAACGAGUGGCUUGAAGAAAAGCUGAUAGAUACGGAUCUUAAAUUUAGAUACGCUCUUUGAAAGCUAAAAACGUGUUAUUCAUGCGAAGAAUACAAAAAAUAAUACUGGUAGCGUGUGGAACUUUCGAGACGGUAUGUUUUAUACUAUAAAUGAAUUAUAAUAGACAGCUAUAAAAUAUAUUCUUAGAACUUGCAUGUAUGAAAUAACUGCAUGCUAUACUAAACUUAGUUAAGUUUACCAUCAUUAAGUUAU